AGCCAAUCGGCUGUGCCGUCAAAGAGCAGCCUACCGCCCGGACGCUGAUCGAGAAGAAGCCGCCAGUGAAGCGUUCUGUUAUCCGGGCGCUGCUCAAGAUGGUGUGCGGCGGCUUCACGUGCUCCAAAAAUGCACUCUGUUCCCUCAACGUCGUGUACAUGUUGGUGGGCUUGCUGCUGAUUGGCGUUGCUGCGUGGGGAAAAGGGUUUGGCAUCGUCUCGAGUAUCCACAUCAUCGGCGGAGUCAUCGCUGUUGGCGUCUUCCUGCUACUGAUCUCCUUCGUGGGACUCAUUGGUGCCGUAAACCACCAUCAAGUGAUGCUGUUCUUUUACAUGGUCAUCUUGUUUCUGGUCUUCCUCAUUCAGUUUGGGGUGUCUUGUUCCUGUUUGGCGAUGAAUCAAGAUCAGCAGGUACAGCUGCUGAAUGCUACCUGGGGGACCCUGAGCAACAACACCCGGCAGAGCGUAGAAAAGCAACUCAACUGCUGCGGGAUGCUCAAUAACACACAGAGCGCUGCCGUCUUCCAGGCAGACUACAGCAGCUGUCCAGCGACUUGUAAACAGUCGCCCCCCUGCUUUACAUGCGGUGAGAAGAUGCUUCAUCAUUCAAAGGAGGCCCUGCAGAUUCUUGGCGGAGUUGGUCUGUUUUUCAGUUUCACAGAGAUCCUGGGUGUUUGGUUGGCGAUGCGGUACAGGAAUCAGAAGGACCCGCGAGCCAAUCCCAGCGCCUUCUUGUAAAUGUCUUGCGUCCUUCUGUCACCUGUGCACACCCAGCCCGUCAGUCUUCACCCUUAUAUAUGCUUAUUGAUGCUCGAGUGGGAGGAAGAGGAGGAGGAGGAAGGUGGCUCCUCCCAGAUCACUACUGUACAUUCUUGCUAUUGGGUGCGACUAACUUAUGACACAUGGAAGUGGGCCCCUGCCCAACCUCAAGUGAAUUAUGGACUCCUUCUCGCUUUUCUCUCUCUCUCCCUCCCAUCCCCUGUACACAAAGCGCUGCCAUACAACUGAGCCAAUGUGCCACAAGCACCCAGACAGUCCUUCAGCCAUCGAGGCAAACAGCUUCACUCUGGCAGUGCCAGCUCCACUGCCCCCGGUGGUACCUGCAAGCGUCAUUUUCUUAAUUUAAAUUUGCCAAAAAAAAUGUGCUGGAACAAUUAUGAAUUUGUGCUUUUUUUGUUCCCAGUGAUGUCAUUGUGCAACUUAAUGUGAUUUUUAUGGAAUAAAGGCUUUAGUGCCCUCCC